UACGGGUUUUAAAUCUUAGGCACAAUAAUGGCGCUGAACACGAAAGCGAAAACAAGACUGUAUCAAUGAUUUAAAUGCCACACACACCAUGUUUGAACUUCCAGACGAUGACGACAAUUUCUGGGAGGAUUUGCCUCUGGAUGACAUAACAAACUCAAAAGAAAAUUCUCACCAGAAUGCCACUUCUCAGUGUGACCCUAGACUCAGGGGAGGGACCACGCCAGUCAGCAAAGUGGACUCGACAGAGCUCAGGUCAAGCUCAAGUGAACAUCACUCUGGGACUGGAGAAAGAGGCCACAGCUAUACUGUAAGAGAUGUUAAAUCAGGGAAGAGACUGUCCUCUGAAUCAAUUCAAGAUGCUUCAAAGAAGAUUCGGUUAUGUGAAGAGCCAGAUGAAAGUAAAGUUUUUGGACAUGAUAACAAUGGAGGGAGAAUUCCUGUUUCUGGAGUUCAGGCCCAUCAUCAGAACAACACAAGUGGUUACCAUGUUAACCCUCAGUUUGUGGCUACAGCCAAACGACACAGUACUGGAAGGGAAAGAAGUCCAGCUACCACACCAGUCAUAAAGAGAGCCCGCCGGAAAUUCCCUGGGCCGGCCGGACUUCUCCCUAAACUGCCUGGAAACAUAGAAAAUCCAAAGACAGCAGUUUCUUUUACAACAAGAACUUCUCCAGAGCAGUUAACGAUAGAGAAGGAGGAUGUGAUUCUGUCCUCACAGUCCUCAGAUGACAUGUUUAAUGAGGAGCCAUGGAGGGCACUGAUGGAGGAACUAGGAACAGAUGGACAGAGGCUCCUACAUAAUUUCUCCAUUGCCAGCAACCUCAACAGGGCCAGGAAGAAACAGCUACACCGCGGUAAAAUCCCGCUGUUGAUGUGUGUCAUCUACCACAUAGAAUGGCACGGCAGUGAUCUCAGCGUGUCACUGAAGGACCGCUCAGGUAAUGUCCAAGGAACAGUUCACCGUGACAUCAUGAAGGAGUUUGAGUCAGAACUUCAGGUGGGAUCCGCCCUAGUUUUGAGACAGGUCAGUGUUAUAAGUCCCAAUCCAAGAAGUCACUACUUGAACAUUACUCCCGCCAACAUUGUGUUGAUCUACAGUAAGACAGGGGACGAUUGUAAACAAAUUAACACCAGAAACACCCCUCUGUUGUCUGUCCUAGAGGAAGUGCAGAGAGAGGAAUCUAUUCAGAGACUUCAGACCAGUCAGUUGAUUGCUGGUCAAACUCCCAACAGAAACAGUUCUAACAGUCAGCUUAUGCAGAACAGAACUCCACAAAGUGGAUUAAGACCAUCCACUCCUGGCCAUCCACCUAUUAGAACUCCACAGAGUAGUGGAGUGAGGACAUUCACACCUGGCAAUCCGCAAUUUUAUAACAGACUUCCACAUAAUGGAGGAGGGCUAUCCACUCCAAACAAUCCACAGGCAUUUAACAGAGCUCCACCGACCAGUGGAGGACUCUCAGUGCCCAGUGUAAGGACACCAUCCAGUGUAGAGAGUUUUGUGAAUACACCCAGACUGAGGACACCUGCACCUAACCCAGUGGUACAAACAGGUACCCUAGGUGCUAGGUUCUCAUCAAUGCAAGCUUCUACCAGGAUGUCCUUCAAUAUCUCAAACACUCCAGUAAGUGUUAGGACACCUGCCCCAGUCAGUGUUAAUUCUUCUUAUUCAUUUCAACAAAAUUCAAGUAGAUUGUGUUCAAAUACAAGAAAUGUGAGUUCUCAAGGUGCUACAGUUAUGAACAAGACAUCAGAUCAAAACAUUUUAUACAACACUCCAUGCGGAGGGAGUGGGAUGAACAGAAAUGAAUUAAAAAGUAAUCAACAAGAAACUCCAAAUCGUAGAGCUUUCAAGUUCAAACCCACAAAAACUCAGGAUAUUCAGAAACUGUCAGGCAGUAAUCCUGUACCAGACUCCUCUUCAGCAUUAUCUAUGCCCACAUCUUUCAGAGAUUCUAGUGAUAGUGUUAAUUCUAAUGUCAGUGCUUCCAAAACACACCAAUGUGAGAAGCCCAAAUUUGAAGUGGACUGGGGGGAAGAUCUGAGUGAUGAUAUGCUCUCGCAGUUGUCUGAAGAAUUUUAGCGUGUCGAUUUUAACACUACAAUAUACAAUAUGCUCGUAAUGGUCUUCCUUUAUUUUGCAAAUAAAUAUACAAUAAAGAGUAGUAAAUGAUGAUGAAGGAUUUAGUUACUGGGCAUACUAGUAGGGAACUAGUAUCAAACACAUACUGAUCUAUCUAUUAUUGAAUGAAUAUUUCGGAAGCAUUGUUUAAUAAAAGAUGCUCAAAACGAUAUUCACAAUAAAACGUGUAACAGAAAUUCUCUAUUUGAAAUUGAAAAUGAAAGAAUGACUAUACAAUUAGGGACUGAAAA